AGGGGCCUUCGAUUCAUGUGGCGCACAUUGGCGAUGCAGGUUGCCUCGUUGCAUCCUGGAAUCGUCAUGACUCGCGGGUGCUCUAUGGGACGCAGGAUCACAAGCCAGAUAGCCCCGGAGAGCGCGAACGGUUAGAAGCUGCCGGCAGUGAAGUGCGACAGGUGGAUGUGGAAAGCUUCCGGAUCUACAUCAAAGGCACCAAUUUUCCAGGACUUACCAUGUCCCGUGCCUUCGGCGAUACAGCCUGUGCUGGGGUCUUGCAGGAACCACACUACCACCAGAUGUUUGUCCAGCCAUCUGAUGAGUUCUACGCGGUGAUUGCUUCUGAUGGCAUUUGGGAAUUCAUCGACUAUGCCAAAGCAGUGGACUUAUCGGCCAAGAAGUGCCGGUCUCAGGUUGCCUCCUAG